CGCCCCCAUUACCCCCUUGAGUAGUGGGAAAACACACUACAGCAGUCCGGAGCAGAGCAGCUGCGCCAGAGUGCGGCGCAGCCGGGGAGGAGAUACGCGAACGCCGCCGAUCUCAGUGCCGUUCUCUGGCUCCACUCGAGACGAGCCCUCUUCUUUUCGCCUCUUGCCUUCAUUUCUCAACGUUAUACUAGGAGAAGAGGACAGGGCGCGCCUGUAUACUGGACGUAGACAGUAGCCUACCUUGCGCAUACGGGGCGCGUAAAACACGGCGCUCCACACAGACUUGACGCGCUUUGAUGUCAUCCGGCGGUUCAGGGUCGGAUCGUAUAAUUUAUAACAGCGGGUCGACAUUAAACUAGACGCAUAUCAUAUCAAGAGUUAUCAUUACUCGCUUGCGGUCAGACAUGGAAGAUGGUCCGCCUUCCACAAGCUGUUUCCGAAGGUUCACGGACUGCUUCCUUGGCUCAAGUCUGACGGAUGAGAAAGUGAAGGCUUAUCUCUCCCUCAACCCGCAGAUGCUGGAUGAGUUUGUGCUGGAGAGUGUGAGUGCAGAGACCGUAGACAGAUGGCUGAAACGGAAGAACAGCAGCCAGCCUGCAGAUGAGUCUUCAGCUAAAGAAGUUAGCAGGUACCAGGACACGAAUAUGCAGAGUGUCGUAUAUGAGCUCAACAGCUACAUGGAGCAGCGUCUGGACACUGGAGGAGACAAUAAACUACUGCUCUAUGAGUUGUGCAACAUCAUCAAAACAGCCACAAAAGCUGAUGGAUUUGCACUUUACUUCCUUGGAGAAUGCAACAAUAGUUUAUGUUUGUUCACUCCAACGGGGGCAAAAGAGGGGCUUCCUGGGCUCAUCCCCUCUGGUCCCAUCACAUUUGGGACCACCAUCGCCGCUCACGUUGCAAAGACACACAAGACACUACUUGUAGAGGACAUCAUGGGGGACGAGAGGUUCCCUCAUGGCACAGGGCAGGACUCAGGGAUUCGUGUACAUUCUGUUUUGUGUCUACCCAUCCUCACUGCCAUCGGAGACCUCAUCGCUAUCCUUGAGCUGCACCGGCACUUGGGCAGAGAGCCCUUCAACCUUAGCCACCAGGAGGUUGCAACAGCAAAUUUGGCCUGGGCAUCUGUAGCCAUACACCAAGUCCAGGUCUGCAGAGGUCUUGCCAAACAGACAGAACUCAACGACUUUCUCCUAGAUGUGUCCAAAACAUACUUUGACAACAUAGUGGCAAUAGAUUCUCUACUUGAACAUAUCAUGAUAUAUGCAAAAAACCUGGUUAAUGCAGACAGAUGUGCGCUCUUCCAGGUAGAUCACAAUAAUAAAGAGCUGUACUCUGACCUGUUUGAUAUCGGGGAGGAGAAUGAAGGGAAACCUGUCUUUAGGAAAACCAAAGAAAUUAGGUUUUCUAUAGAGAAAGGUAUAGCAGGUCAGGUGGCAAGAACAGGAGAAGUUUUAAAUAUACCCGAUGCCUAUGCAGACCCCCGUUUCAACAGAGAAGUAGAUCUCUACACUGGCUACACGACGCGGAAUAUCCUGUGCAUGCCCAUAGUCAGCCGCGGGACUGUGAUUGGUGUUGUACAAAUGGUGAACAAGCUGGGAGGAAGUGCCUUCACUAAAACUGAUGAAAACAACUUUAAGAUGUUUGCCGUCUUCUGUGCUUUGGCCUUACACUGUGCAAAUAUGUAUCACCGGAUAAGACAUUCAGAGUGCAUUUACCGUGUGACGAUGGAGAAGCUUUCGUACCACAGCAUCUGCACAUCAGAGGAGUGGAAGACCCUCACACAGCUCUCCCUCCCUUCAGCCAUAUAUAAAGAGAUCGAACUGUUUCACUUUGACAUUGCUCCUUUUGAGGAACUGUGGCCAGCAAUAGUUGUAUACAUGGUUCACAAUUCAUGUGGAAAGACCAGCUUUGAGCAGGAGAAACUGUGUCGCUUCACUAUGUCAGUGCGGAAAAAUUACAGACGAGUUCCAUAUCACAACUGGAAACACGCUGUGACAGUGGCACACUGCAUGUAUGCCAUCCUUCAAAAGACCACUGGGAUCUUCACUGAGCUUGAGAGGAAAGGCUUGCUGAUUGCCUGCUUAUGUCAUGACCUCGACCACCGCGGCUACAGUAACAGUUAUCUACAGAAGUUUGAUCAUCCGCUGGCUGCCCUGUAUUCCACAUCCACCAUGGAACAGCAUCACUUUUCACAGACGGUGUCCAUCCUGCAGCUGGAAGGGCACAAUAUUUUCUCCAACCUGACUUCCAGUGAGUAUGAGCAGGUGCUGGAGAUCAUCAGGAAGGCCAUCAUCGCCACAGACCUCGCCUUGUACUUUGGCAACCGCAAGCAGCUGGCUGAACUGCUGGCCGCAGGGGCGCUGGACCUGAACAACCGUGCUCACAGGGACCGCGUGAUCGGUCUGAUGAUGACGGCCUGUGAUCUCUGCUCUGUGACCAAACUGUGGCCCGUCACACGACUCACAGCAAAUGACAUUUAUGCAGAGUUCUGGACUGAGGGGGAUGAAAUGAAGAAGAUUGGAAUGCAGCCCAUUCCUAUGAUGGACAGAGAUAAAAAGGAUGAGGUUCCCCAAGGACAGGUGGGGUUUUACAAUGCUGUGGCUAUUCCCUGUUACACAACCCUGUCAGAGCUGUUUCCUCCCUCCAGUCCUCUGCUUACAGCCUGCAGGGAAAACCUGGCCCAAUGGGAACGAAUCGUGCAAGGAGAGGACACUUCUGCGUGGGCUUCCACUGAAGAGGCCGAGCUGAGCGAGACAUCAGACAGUGGACCAGUAAAAGUGGACAACUGAAUCUGUGGCACCUGUCCCACAGCACCACCUACACCCUGCCAGAACACUGGACUUCCUGUGGACAGUGCCACUUCCUGCAGAGACAGGAGGAAGCGCAGAGGGCAGGCGGGGAAGGAUACAUUCAGACAAAUAAACAAAACAUAAUGUUACCUCAGUGGGUGACGGAGGCGUACACUCUAAUGACAUCAGGGCACCCUCGUCGAUGGCUGGGACUCAAGUCCACUCUGUGUGGGUUCACUUCAGCAGAACGGCAGUACUUUUCCUUAGGAGGUUGCUUCAGCAUCUUUUUGCUUAGAUUAUUAUUAUUUUAUUUUAUUAUUUUUCAGUUUCUUUCGUGGUCUUACAUUUGAAGAUGCCUUAAAUACCAACCCGAGUUACGAUCUGGUUGGGUGACUCGUGACUAAGUUUAAAAUGGUACUUUUUAUCCUGCUGUGGUCAAAAUACACAAAGCUUACUUGAGUGGAUUUAUUUUCUAAGACAGACAGAGAGAAUGUUUUGUCGCAGUUGAGGUGAAUGAGGCACGGUAAACCUGACGUCUGAUGGAUGUUUUAUAUAAUAUUUCGAGCAAAAAUGUUUUGCAGUACUUGAAUGAAGAAAUACAGCCUAUUCUGAGUGGAGUUGAAAACAAAAAUCCCCUAAAGCGCGUCCUUCCAAAGCAAACAGCUUUUGUGACGGCAUGAGUUUCCCUCUGAAUCUUACUGGAGUCACACACAAGUCACGGUGUUCCUCACUGAGAUCUGCAGCAUCUUCCGACCUGGUAUGAAUUUAACCCGUUGAAGAUCAUAGCGCUAUUGACAUUUAAAAUAAGGAAUCAAAGGUUAAAUAAUAAUGAAAU